AUGGCAGAAUUGACACUUGAAACAGUAAUCGCCGAUAAUACUGAGGUAAGAUAUGUUGGGAAGAAGUUAGAGGUGAAUUUCAGAUUCCGACUGGCCGAACGUCUUCCGAAAAUUGGUUUUGCCGAAAAAGCGGUACCACUGCACAUCUCUAAACUCUCGAUUUCUGAAGGAAGCGUCAAAAUAAACGAUACCGAAUACUGUCUUGGUGUUCUUCGGCAAUUUCGUGAAGGUCCCACUCCCGAAGUUUUAUCAUGGUGUGGCACAAACACUUCUAGAAACACCAAGCCAUAUUGA